AUGUCGGACGUCAACGCUAUCGUGAUCGAGCCGCUCAAGGCCUUUGCCAAGAACUCGAUCCACCUCGUCAAGAAGUGCACCAAGCCCGACCGCAAGGAGUUCACGCGCAUUGCCGGCGCCACGAGCAUUGGCUUCCUCAUGAUGGGCUUCAUCGGCUUCUUCGUCAAGCUCGUGCACAUCCCGAUCAACAACAUCCUCGUCGGCGGCAGCGCCUAG